AUGGAGAACGAAAUAUUCCCAAUAAUUCGCCGAAUUUUCCAUGCAGAUCUUUCACAACGGGAAUUUGACGAAAUAUCUGUGGUUGUGCUGCAGUUAAUCCCUCAGCUUUCUAUUGUGAAUGCUCGGGAGUGUGGAGAUCUUGUGAUUCAUUACUUCCCUCACUAUCUCCUCGGUCUCCGUCUAAACACCAUCGAAGAUAGAAAGGCUAACUUCCCUUUGUUGAAGGCGGUGUUUGACAUUAAACGAGAACGUCAAGAAACAUUUAUUCAAAUGGAUGAUGAUGCGGACGAGCGGCUGUUUGAAGUUGUGUUUGAAGGCAUUGUAAAGGAACAACCAGAAAAUUUGGAUAAUGUGUUGCAGGACCUGUUACUUUACUGGCUGCCUACUGGCUCACGUUCCGACUUCUGUUUAAAUCUUGCCGCAGAUUCUGAUUGCCCCAAUAGCACAAUUUUGCUGAUGGAGACUCGCAAUCGAUUGGAUGAUGCUUUCGAAAUACUUUUUCAGCAUAUGAAUUCCGAUCAAGGAGAUCAAGAACGAUUUGUGGCUUGGCUUGAUAAAAGUCUAUCAUUCUGUGGGCGACACGCCGGCUUAGCCCAUUCUUGUGGCUGGCUCAUACGGAUCAUGCGUGCAGUCACACAUGCUAGUGUUGAGAAGGAUAUCGUGGAUAUGGAAUUUCGUCUUCGUUCAUUAGCGGGAGGUAUUCUCGAGCGUGGUUCUGAACAUUCGUUAGAACUCGUCGAAUGUCUUCUAGAAUACCCUUCUUUCAAAUUUGGUUUUUUCAGGGAUUACGCCGUGUUAAUCCACAAGAUCCUCUGCACUUGUCUCCAUGAAUCGUUUAUUCUAAAGGAAUUAUAUUUGUGUAUAGAUCAGGAGAGUACAUUAGACCUGUUAUCUAUGCGUAUGCAACUAUCUCGAAAAGUUGGUGGUGUCAUACAGAAUCAGUGUGUCCUAUGUCGAUCACCACUGGCAAAAGCUGCUUACAUCUUCAGAUUGUCUACUCACAUCGGUGAGAAUUUGCUUGAGUAUCGGAAAACAUGUGGUCCGUCCAACUUUUGGCAGUGUCUCAUUACGAUACGAGCCUUUCUCUAG